AUGGCGAGUGCAUCUCCGACGCGACCGCCUUUGAUCGAUAAAGAACACAGCAGGAGUGCUAUCUGGAAAUAUUUUGGAUAUGAAGCAAAUGAACAUGGAAAGCCGAAGGACACAAGCAAGCCAAUAUGCAAGAGAUGCUACAGAGCAGUGCUAACAAAAGGCGCUAACACCACUAAUAUAGCAAAGCACCUGAAAGACCGACACCCGGAUCUAUAUAAAGAAUUUCGAGAGCACCAGAAAGAAGAUGAGACUCGGCCUGCAACAGAAACAACACACACACAACCUACACUACCAUCUGUAUUUGAACAGCAAAGAAAGUAUGAAGCAAACUCAAAUGAAGCCAAGAAGCUGAACAGGGCUGUAGCAGUGUACAUAUGCAUGGAUCAGGUUCCUGUGUAUACUGUUGAGAAACCUGGCUUCAAACAACUUCUUCAACAUUUGAACAACAGGUAUGCCCUUCCUUCACGAAACUUUUUCAUGCACACUGAAAUCCCAGCCCUAUAUAACAAAAUGAAAGAAAUAGUCAUGAACAAUCUUGGAAAGAAAAACUUUUUUCAUGCACCACUGAUCUGUGGACAAGCAGGGCCACUUCCACGUUCAUGGCAGUAACUCUGCAAUUUGUCACUGAAACCUGGGAUAUGCAGAGCUGGUGUUUGGGCUGUAUUGGGCUCCACACUGAGCACACAGCAGAAUGCUUGAGGGAAGCAUUGGAAGAGAUGAUACAAGAAGCAUGGAAGCUGGACAUGUCAUACAUGGCUGGUAUCACCACUGAUAAUGCUUCAGCAAACAAGAAAGCAUUUCAGCAAGACUUCACAUGGGUCCCCUGCUUUGGGCAUAACUUGCACCUUGCCAUUAACAAGGGCCUAGAUAUAGACCGUGU